AUGACUGUUGGUUCGGAAGUUUUUGGGGACUGGAUGUAUCUGCUCCUCGAUAUUGCUGUCGAUUUGGCCAAAGGUGGUUGGGGCGGUCGCGUGUACCUCAACUCCUUUAUCCAUGCCAUCCCCCUGCUGUCCAUGACCAAGGAGGCCAGAAAGUCCCUUGACAAAAUUAGUAGAUUUUGCUGA